AUGAAACGGUGUUUAGUCCUGGCAGCUGCAGCAGAAAUGCCAACGGUAUUACCUGAUUGGGCCAUAAAAAGGCAGACCAGACUGGCUUCCGCUUUGGACGGACUGGGUACUCGGCUUUCCUCCAUGGCGAAAAAAGUGAUAGGACUGAGUGACAAGAUGCUAGGAAUCCAGCCCAAGGAAACGCUCUAUCGCAUACCAAGGCUCCUCACUGUUAAUGGUGUGCGUCCAACUGUAAUGGAUAACGUGUUUAUUGCUCCCAGUGCUUUUGUUUCUGGUGAUGUUCGAAUAGGACGGAAAAAUUACAUUGGCUAUAAUGCCAUUCUUCGCGCCGAAAAGGGUGAAACAAUCUAUCUUGGUGAAAGUUGUAACGUUCAGGAAAAGGCCGUUGUGAGCGGAAACACCACAGUGGGAAAGUGGACAACUAUUGAACCCAUGUCCAUAGUUGAGUCGGCGGAUAUUGCUUCCUGCUCAUUUGUGGGUGCAAACGCUAUUGUUAUGAAAGGAGCAAAGAUGGAAUCUGGUUCAAUGCUUUGUGCGGCCUCUGUACUUCAGUCAGGUGCUAUCAUUCCUUCUGGAGAAAUGUGGUCUGGAAAUCCAGCUGAAAAAAUUAGGGAUUUAACUGAGAAGGAACAAGAGGAUAUCGUAAAGGCCGCAAAACAUAUGGUUCUUCUUGCAAUAGAGCAUAGGGAUUCAUGGGAACUUACUUGGGAGGACCUAGAAGACCAACGUGAGGCUCGUGAGCAGUUUGCCCGCUAUGCAGAAAACAACCGGGAAAUUCGAACAAAACCCAUGUAUAUUAAGGAGCCUCCACGACCAAGUAGAAAGGCGAUGGGUAGGAAAACGCCUCAGGAGAUGAUGGAUGGUGGGGAACAUAAGCCACCCUUGGCUGAUAGCAUUCAUGAGGGAUAUUGA